AUGGUGCUUAUGGUGAGUGCAGACAGUGACACGUCUGACGUACCAGUGGCGCUCAUCGAUACCGGUUGCACAAGAUGUAUGCACGGCAAACACUGGCGGGAGCUGUUCGAGAAGAGGUGCCUGCAUCCCCGCGGCCUCGAGAUCAAGGUGACGGACCGCGUGAGGAGUUUCUCCUCGGCCUUUGGCAAGAGGCAGGAGGGGCGCGCGGUCGAGAUCCCGGUCGCCCUUGGCGGCCGCCGCGGGGUGAUCUUCAGCGCGGAGAUGGAGGACUGCGACACCCCGCUCCUGGUCAGCCUGGCGUCGCAGGAGGCGCUGGGUGCCGUGCUCCACUUGAAGGAGAUGCGGAUGGAGCUGCAGACGCUCGCCGUGGACGUGCAGCUGCUCAAGGUGGGCGGUCACUUGGCAGUGCGACUUGAUGACUGGGGAGACGAUGACGGUCACCGAUCGGCAGCAGCUUCGAGUUCAAGAUCAGCGACGGCGAUCUCGAAUAAUAGGGACUCGGAGUUCUUCUACGCGCAGGCGCAGAAGGAGUCGGUCUUCGAGGAGUCCGACGGCGAGGAGAUCCGAGUCGAGGAGGAGGUUGGCCACGCAUUCCUGUCGAAGGAUCGCGGUGUGCUGGCCACCGACGCGACAGGGAUCCUCUCCAAGACGACUCGGAAGAAGCUCGAGUCCACCUGGCGUGAGCUUCGUGGAGAGGAUCGUCGACUACGGGAGGAGCUACUUCGACCGAGGUUCGAGGCGGAGCGUUUCGUGACCGCCGACUUCCAGACCACGGUGGUGUUCGAGCCGUUCGGUGGAGAGCACAUCCUGACGCGCUACGGUGCAAAGGAGUACGGUUGGAUGCAGUCUCAGCCGCUGGACGUGGACCACUCUCCCGACUAUGACCUGCUCAAGGGCCCUGGACGGGCCUUACUCUACCGGAUCCUCGACCUGCACUGGCCUUACAUCACAGUGUUGGCUUUUCCAUGUCAUCCGUGGUCUUUGAUGACCAACAUGAACAAGCUCAUCGACUGGGAUGAGUAUGAUGGCAUCCUGAUACGUUUGUGGGAUUUGGAAGGUGUUGUGUUUGUGCGCGGAGAUCAAUGUGCCUACGGAGCCUGCGACAGGGACACGGGCAAGCCGAUCAAGAAGCCGACGGGGUGGCUCGCGAACAGCGCAGCGGUGGCGAACCAACUGAGCAAGCGCUGUGCCUGUCCGCCCGGCGCCCACCAGCAGCUGCUCGGGAGGAACUCGGGCGGCUAUCGGGCGCAGCAGGCGGCAGCCUACCCCGUGGGCCUCGCGAAGGCCUUCUGUCGCGGCGUGCUCCAGCAGAUGCAGAUCGACUACCGCAGCUCGCUGGUCAUGGAUGCGGCCUUCCCGGACGCGCCGCCUGCCGAGGCGGCGGCGGAGGCCGCAGAGGCACCGGCCGAGGUGCCCGUGAGGCCCAGGCGCGGCCGAGCGCCUGCUCGCCGCGAGCGCGGCGUGCCUCCUGGCGGACGCCCGCUGGGCUUCCGCCGGGGACGGCGUACGCAGUACGGCGAGUUCGAGCUGCUGACGGUGGAGCUGUGCGCUGAGCUGGACACGUUCCGGAGUUGGCAUAGGAGGUUACUGGAGAAGAUGGGCGAGGAUAUCGAGACGAUCAUCUGGGGCUCGGACCUCUUCCUGGAGGAGCUGGGAGGAGUCAUCAGCGAGCCGCUGAAGAUGGUGAAGGCUAGACGCGGGGGUCAGCGGCUCCAGACAGCGCAGCCGCAGCUGCACGCCGCGGACGCCCCGCUCAGGAUGGUCACUACGCUCAAGGGCGACCAGCUCUUCAGGCUAGACUUCGAGGACUGGUCGCAACAGUCACUGCAAGAGCGGGGCGACCUGCCCGAGGGGCCGGCUGCAGCACAGCAGCGGGACGCCUCACGGGAGAGGAAGCGACGUUGGGAGCUGUUGCCGAGAGCCGCCAAGAGGGCGAUCGAGAGGGUGCACGUGAACCUCGGGCACCCCUCGCGGCCAGCGCUGCUCAGGGCGUUGCGCCUGGGCAAGGCAACGGCGCUGGCGCUGAAGGCAGCGAGGCUGUUUGUUUGUGAGAGCUGCCGGCGAGCGCAGCGACCCAGCAUCCCACGUCCGAGUCAGCUCCCGAGGGUCGACGAGUUUAACGUGCUGCUCGCGAUGGACUGCUUCGAGAAUGUCGACAGCGCCGGCAACAACUGGGACUUCCUUGGCAUCAUGUGUAUGGGGGCGAACUUCCACGUGGUCUGCCUGCUGGAGGACACUCACAAGAACCCCAAGGCCUCGGAGGUCAGGAAGUUCUACGAGCUCUGCUGGGUCUCCUGGGCUGGCCAGCCGGAGGAGGCGAUCAUGGUGGACCGCGCGCGGUCCUUCCUGGGCGAGUUCGCGGAUUACCUGGAGCAGGAGGGCGUGCGCUUGGACUCGGCCGCUCUGGCCUCGCCGUGGCACAUCGGCAAGAUGGAGCGCCACGACGGCAUCUGGAACUCGAUGCUCACGAGGGUGGUGCACGACAAGCAGGUGGCGGGCCUUGAGGAGAUGAGAACGGCAGUGACGGAGUGCAACAGGGCCAAGAACACGUUGGCCCGGCGGGCUGGUUUCAGUCCCUACCUCUGGGUCCUCGGACGAGAUGUUCGCCUCCCGGCGAGCCUCGCGGACGACGCCGAGGUGGAGCGUGUGGGCGAGCAGGUGGCAGCUGCUACGCCGGGCUCGCGUUUUGCCCGCGAGGUGGAGAUCAGGACCCGGUGCCGGAUGGCUUUCAUCCAGACCGACCCGGAGGAUCGACUUCUACGAGCGGAGCUUCGACAGAUACGACCGACGAGAGGGCCGUUCGUGGUUGGCCAGUGGGUGCUUUUCUACGACCAAGCGCAGCCAGCCAAGCAUCGACCUGAGCAUCCAGACAACUGGCGAGGGCUGGCGCGCGUGAUCGGACAUGAGGGACGGCAUGGAGUGUGGCUUGCUUCCCGUGGCCUCACCGUGCUCGCGAGCCCGGAGCACCUGGCUGCAGCGACUGGCCACGAGAUCCACGCCUGGAGAUCGAUUGCGCAGGAGCAGGAGUUGGUGCACGACACGCCCGUCAGCGGCGGCAGCGGCUUCGUGGACCUGCGAGGCCGGCCCAAGCCCCCCGCCGCGGCGGGGCAGGAGCCCGCUGAGCAGGGCGACCAGAGCGGCAUGGACGUCGGGCCGCGGGCGGAGGUGCCGGAGGAGCCGCAGCCCGCCUCGGCUCCGCCUGAGCCGGAGGCGCCUCCGGCCCCGCCUGAGGCGGAGGCUCCCCGCGCGGCUCCAGCCGCGCCCGAGCCGCCCGCGGCGCCAGCCCCAGCUGUGGGGGCUGAGGACGUGCCCGUGCCGCCCGACCUGGACUUCGACGCGAUGGAGUUCGACGCGGCGAUGCAGGAGAUCAUGAGGGACGACGGCGACGAUGACUGGCACCCCGACUCCCACGGGGUGCACGCGGAGCCCGAGCCGGGGGCCUCUCGGCAUCGGCGUCCUGGGAGUCUCCUGGAGGAAGAGGAGACUGAGGAGCGCCGCGAGCGGGAGGCCAAGCGACGGCGCCUGCUGGACGAUGUCCCUGUCUCGAUCCGACAGGGGACUGCAGGAUCCAGCCUCUCGGCGCCUGUCGACUCGGCGAAGUUCGUGCUGGACAAUGACCUGGAUGAGUUCAUGGAGGCCGGCUUGGAGACGUACCAGCAGGGUGAGGCUUUCUUCGUCCAGGAGGGCAUUGGCAAGGAGGAGUUCAUCUUCGGGCUGAUGCGGAAUGAGUUCGAGCACGCUUUCCUGACGAAGAAGCCUGGGAGGAAGGAGAUCAAGCUCGGCAGCUUGCCUGAGGGGCAACGCCGGAUGUUCAUGGAUCGAGGUGGCAGCCGUGAUGCAGAGUGGCGAUCCUGGCAGGACUUUGACGCGGCUGAGCCGAUCCCGCCGGAUGAGAGCGAGGCGCUCCGCGCGGACAAGGCCAACAUCAUCAUCCCGAUGCGCUGGGUGGAUACCGACAAGAACGACGGGAAGUAUGAUGAGGCCGGAGCCCCUCUUCCGCUGCUCGCGAAGGGCCGCCUGGUCGUGGUGGGCUUUCGCGACCGCUUGCUGGGUAUGUUCAGGCGGGACGCUCCCACUGCCUCACGGCUGGCGGGGGCGCUGCUCCUGACGCUGGCGGCGGCCAUGGGCAUGAUCCUCUCCCUGGGCGACGUCAAGAACGCCUACUUCAAUGUGCAGAACCUGCAGCGCGAGGUCUACCUGGAGCAGCCUCGAGGAGGCCUGCCUGGCCUUGCCCCAGGCCAGUUGCUGAGGGCCCGCAAGGCCAUCGACGGCUUCGCGGAGGCAGCAAGGCUAUUAUGGCUAGCGCUGCGUGACGCCUUGCUGUCCGACGGCUGGCUUCAGUCGCGCCUGGAGCCGGCGCUCUUCUACAAGCGCGUGGACGGGCAGCUGAAGGGCAUCGCGGUCUCGCACGUUGACGACGUGCUGGUGGCGAGGAUGAAGGACACGCAGCUGUCGGACCUCUUGCCGAAGGUCCUGGGUGCGUUCCAGUGGAAGUGGAGCGAGCUGCCCUUCACCUUCCGCGGCCGUGAGCUUUCAAGUGAUCCGAGAGGUUUUCUGGUUAAGAUGGUGAACUACGCAACUUCCCUCAAGCCGAUCAAGAUCCCAGCAGGACGAAGGAAGCAGUUGCAGGAGGACUUGAACGAGGAUGAGGCGAAGGAACUGCUGAGGGUAUCUGGUGAGAUCGGCUGGCUAGGUCGACAGUGCCGACUCGACCUGGCCUUCCUCUCGGGCGAGCUGCAGAGGGCCCGAGCGGCCCCGUGUGUGGCGGGCCUGGCGAAGGCGAACCUGGCGGUGUCUGAGGCCAAGAAGGGCGCUGAGGUCGCGCUGGUUUACCCGGCCAACUUGAGGCUGUCCAGCGCUGUGAUCGGCGCGGCCGUGGACGCGGGUCACGCGAACGGCCCGGAGCACGACGACAUCGAGCGCUACAAGAGCUGCGGUGGCCACGUGGUGCUCCGCACGACCGACGGCAUCCUGGCCGGACACCAAGCACCGGUGGCAGUUCUGGACUGGAAGAGCGGCAUGACGCAGCGUGUGUGCCGCUCAACCUUGGCGGCGGAGGCCAGUCACCUGGCAGACGCAGUGGAGGCCGUCGACUGGGCGGCAGUGCUGUUCAGAGAGGCUACGAAUGUCUCGGUGGAUUUGCUCAACUGGCAGGGGGAGGUGCAGCGGCUUCCCCGCUUUUGGGCAACAGACGCAAAGUCCGUCUACGACCACCUCACGAAGGAGGGCUCGGCUAAGAGCAAGGACAAGAGGAUGGCGAUCGAGGGCGCCUUGCUCAGAGAGGUGCUGCGCUGCGAGAACACCCACCUCAGGUGGAUUGACGGCUCGCAGAACAUCGCAGAUGUGCUGACGAAGCUUGGGGUGGACAAGGUCUACCUCUACAAGGUGCUGCGGGAGGCCAAAUGGAGCCUGGUGCAGGGCCCGGCGGCGGCGGCGAUCAAGAUGAAGAAGAGUACGUGCUAG